AUGCCAGAAGUUGGAAGACCAUCACAGACUAGCCAGUCAUCACGAAAGGGCAAGAAGGCCUGGCGUAAAAAUAUCGACAUCUCGGAAGUUGAAGAAUCGAUUGAGUCACGUCGUGAAGAACUUCGGAUCCUUGGGGCGGAAGUUGAAGAUAUCAAAUCAGACUCUUUGUUCCAGAUAGAUGUUGCUGGUGAUGCCACGAUUUUGAAAAAGAAGAACGUCACGGUGAAGCCAUUAAAGGCGGAUGAAAUCUUAGCAAAAAGAUCUAAAGUUCCAGCAUUGGUUACUCCAAAGCAUGGUAAGAAGAAGUUUGAAGGAGUGAGUGGGAAAGAGGUGAAUAGAUUGAUGAAGGUGGCCGGUAGAGUUCAGGGAGUCACUACUUCUCAAGCUAAUGCUUCUAAGCAUGGUUUGUCUGGAAAAAAGAAAGCUUAUGACGUUUGGGGAGAGGAAGAGGAAGAUGAGAAAACCAAACCAAAGAAGAAAAACCAGGUUGAAAUGCCAAAUAUUCUCAAGGAAAAAAGUAUCAAAAGUUACACUUCAGCGACCGUUGUUCCAAAAACUCUUAAAGAAGCUCCAAUUACUGUCAAGGAACUUGCUACGAUUCCACAUUCUGGUAAAUCUUACAAUCCAUCAUUGGUAUCUUGGAAAGACUUGAUCAAUGAAGAAUAUUUCCAAGAAAAGACCAAGGAAGAUCAGAGAUUAGCAUUGGAAGAAUAUCAAGAAAGAAUCAGGGAAUUAAUUGAGACUUUGGAUGAUGAUGAAGAAAAGUCAGAUGAUGACGAAAACGAAUCCGAAGAAGAAAAAGAUGAAGAAGAAGGUGAUGACAAGCAUCGUGUUUCUGUUAACAAGCCGGUUGUAAACAACAAAAAGACCCGUGCCCAAAGAAACAAGCAAAAGCGUCACCAGGAGAAAUUGAAACUUGAAAAAGAACUCAAGGAACUUAAACAACAAAUAACUUCUUUGCAAAAGGUGAAGGAUAUUUCCGAACAAGUUGAUUCCAAACAAGAACGUAUAUUGCAAACCAAGGAAGCAAACCAAACCAAAAAGCGUAAGAGUCAUAAAUUGGGUACAAAAUACCAUGUUAUUGAUGAUACAUUAGAAGUGAAAUUGAGUGAUGAAUUGAAUGACUCUUUGAGAAAAUUGAAACCCGAAGGCAAUUUAUUAUAUGAUCAAAUGAGAAGCUUGCAAAGUAAGGGUAAAAUUGAAACUAGAUUGCGGGUUAAUAAGAAGAGAAGAUACACUCCAAAGGUUACUGAGAAAUGGUCUUAUAAGGAUUUCAAAUGA